AUGGACAAACCUAGAAACAGACCUAAAGGUUAUGGAUAUGUGACCUUUUCCAAGAAGGACGAUGUCAUCAAAGCUUGUAAGGGGAUGAAUGGAAAGGGUUUUGAAUUUACUAGUGUGCCGAGUAGCAAGAACUCCCUCGUAGCCUCAUUUCGAAGAGGAUACCCGAAAGGCGGAACUCUACAAAACGAUGAAGUAGCAGAAGCUGAUCCUUUUGAUGCUCUCCAGCCAUUGCUUGGAAAGUUGAUGUCAGAGUGGGAAUCAAGAUUGUCGCUAAUUAAUGACGUGCUUGACGAGGCAGACCAGAAGCCAGAUACAAACCAGGCUAUGAAAAAUUGGCUCAGCAAGCUCAGAGACUUGGCUUAUGAUGUGGAGGAUAUACUUGACGAAUGCCAAACAGAAGCCUUGAAAAGAAAGUUGAAAGGUGCAAAGUCUCAAGCCAGCACAAGUACAGUGCAACCAAGUGCUGUUCUGCCUAAUGGACCCAAGCUACAGGGGAUUCCUGCCAGAUGGGAAGAUAUCAUGAAAGAGAGAAGUGAUCUUGGCUUGGACAUAAAUGUUACACGGAGGUCCAACAAAGCAAACCCAAGAGUGCAGACAACAUCACUGGUCAAGGAACAUAAGUCUGUUAGUGGAGAAAUAUGCUCUCAUUUGGAUGCUACGAAGUCAAGUGGUGCAACAUCAUAUGCAAAGGUUCGCCAUUUGUCACUCAUUUCUCACCAGUGUGGCACCUCACAAAGGUUUGAACCUUUCUAUGAAAUGGAGAGUUUGCGGACAUUACUGGCAAUUCGAAGUUCAUCAUUUGGACUAUGGACGCACUUAUCAAAUAAGACUCUGUACAUAGGGGUUCUGUUGGAGUGGGAGCAUUGGGAUUCGUCUGAUGGUCGCAAUGAAGAACCAGCUGGUGGAAAAUUUCCUAAGCUGGUUGAGCUUACACUGCAAAACUGUCCUAAGUUAAUUGGGAAAUUGCCCGGGUGCCUUCCAUCCCUCAAAAAGCUUCACAUUUCUGGUUGUCCACAAUUAACAAAUUUACCUGAAAUGGUUCCAUCUCUUCGAGAAUUGAAAGUGGAAUGUUGUGACGAGGUGAUUUUCAGAGUGGUGCCUAAUUUCACCUCCCUCACUACCUUGGAAAUUCGUGAAAUUUCAGGCCUUGUGGGUUUACAUGAAGCAUUUGUAGAGGCCUUAGUAGCACUUGAGGAUCUGAAAAUUAAACACUGCCGUGAACUGAAGUACUUGUGGCAAGAUGGCGUUGAUGUGGACAAACUUGCUAAUCUACAGAGUUUGUGUAUCCUCUGGUGUAAGCAGCUCGUGUCAUUGGUGGAGGGAGCGGAAGGCAUUUUGCCGUACUCUCUCAAAAGGCUUGAAAUGAGAUGGUGUGAUUCUAUGGAGUCGCUGCCUGAUGGGAUGAUGACAGUGAUGAAUAGCAACAAUAGCAAUCAGUGCCUUCUAGAAGAGUUGGUGAUACAAGACUGUCCAUCGCUCAAAUCACUUCCCAGGGGGAAGUUGCCUGCUACAAUCAAGAAAUUAGAUGUUGAAGGAUGUAAAGAAUUAGAGUCUGAAUAUAGGUUUCUAGAAGGAAUUAUGCGGUGUGAUGCCCACCUUGAGUAUUUGCGGGUAUCCAAAUUCUCCAUCCAAUCCUUUCCAACUGGCAAGUUUCCUACUUCUCUUGAAACAAUUGAAUUUGACGGUUGCAGAAGAAUACAAUCACUGCCUUCCCUACUUAACCUCUCCCAUCUCUCUCGAUUGACAGUAGAAUACUGUAAUGAGUUGGAGUCAUUCUCAGAUCAGGAAUUGCCCAGUCUUACCUCUUUAUUUAUAUGUGAUUGUAAGAAAUUGAGAUCUCUACCCAAUCACAUGGACAGCCUUCGACAAUUAUGGAUCUUCAGUUGCCCCGAUCUGGUGUCCUUUCCUGAGACGAGUUUGCCUCCUAAGCUAACUUCACUGGUCGUGAUGGGUUGCAAGAAUCCGAGACAGCCAAUAUCAGAGUGGAGACUGCAUACACUCACAUCUCUUCAACAGCUCAGAAUCUCCAAUACAACAGAUGAGGAUUGCUUUCCAGAUGAUGAUGGUCUACUGCUUCCCAUUUCGCUAACUUCGCUUCAAAUCGAUAAUCAAAAGAAACUCAAAUCCAUAUCCAGUGGCAUCCAACACCUCACCUCUCUUGAACAAUUACGGUUUUGGGAUUGUCCUGAACUCCAAGUCUUGCCAAAGGAGGGCUUCCCUGCUGCACUUGGACUUCUACAAAUCAUUAAUUGUCCUCUUCUGGGAGAAAGGUGCUUAGAAGAGGAAGGGGAUUAUUGGCCCAUCAUUGCACACAUCCCUCGAGUUCAAGUACAGUCUAACCAUACCCACCCACAAAGCCAUGUGAAUCAGUCCUUUGAUUAUGAUUUAGCUAAAAUGCCAACCCUAUUUAGCUUGUGGCAAAACUUGUUAUGCCCAGGAGGGUUCCCUGCCACACUUGGAUAUCUGCUCAUCAAUUCCUCUCCUCUUCUGAAAGAAAGGUGCUUAAAAGAGGAAGGAGAUUAUUGGCCCCUCGUUGCACACAUCCCUUGUGUUGAUAUUGAUGAAGCAGAAUCUGAUGAAGAGAUAUCUGAAGAAGAGACAUCCAAUGCAGAGAUAUCUGACGAUGACACAUCUAACGAAGAGGCAACCAACGGUGAUUGGAUAGAAUGUGGUAUUCUCUUCCAUCCAAAACAGUUGUUCACCGAUGAAGCAUUUUUCCUGAAGACUCUUGGGCUUCUGAUUGACUUGGGAUGCAAUCCUCUGAAUAAGCAUAUAUUCCAGCACCCUGUGCUUUACAAACUCAAGGUCAAGGGCUCGUGGACAGUAACAAAUAGAUGUCUUGAACCUUCGAUCUUUCUGCUUCGCAAAAUGCACGAGUCUUGUGGAAGGUGGAGAAGUGACGUGGCUGAAGUUCAAACUUUUGUAACCAAGGUUAUAACCUUUAUACCUGGAGAUUUUCAGAAACUGUUGAAUGUUUCCAGGUUAGGAGAAGAGGUGUUAAGGUCGUCAAAGUCUUGCGAACAAGUUGGCCUCACAUAUCAGUUCAAUGACCUGUUUCUCAAUGCUCUAGUCCCUGAGUUGAUGGUCGUUGGAUCCAAGAGGAUACUAGAGGAGGAUACUUGA